AUGGAGCUGCCUGGCACCAGGUGCCACCAGCCAGCACUGCCCCAGCAAGUGCUGCUCUGCUUCAUGCUGCUUGCCGCCGCUGGGGAAGGGUGCAAGGACAUAGUGGCAGCUGUCGGAGGAGAGCUGUGGCUGGUGCCAGAGGAACCAUCACUGCUCUGGGAAAGCAUUACCUGGAGAGUGAGACUGGACAAAGGGGAGCGGCUCCGAAUCCUGACAGCUAAGAGCAGCAGCGUAGAGCGGCCCCCAGUUAGUCGUUUUAGCCAGCGAGCCAUCUUCCAUCGGGGGACGCUCUCCCUGCAGAUCAGCCUGGUCACGGAGGCAGACAGUGGUGUCUACGCUGCACACUUUGAGAACGCAUCGAGCUUCGAGAUUACCAGCUGCUUCUGUGUGUCAGUGCUGGCGCCCGUCGGCCAGCCGGUGCUGGAUGCGCGCGUGGUGCUCCGCGAGCACAGCUUGUGCAGCCUCUUGCUGGCCUGUGCUGUCCCCGGCACCCACAACGUCACCUACCGCUGGUCCCGUGCCAGCGCUGCCGGAGCCGUGGGGCACCAGUCCUCCCUGCAGCUGCAGCUCCGAAAGGACGCCAACCACACCGUCUACCACUGCAAUGCCAGCAAUGCUGUGAGCUGGGCCACGGCCAGCACUGAUGUCGCAGCACUGUGCAGCCCCCCAGGGUUGCUCCCCACUGAGCUGUGGUGGGCGCUGGCUGCAGCCCUGGGACUGGUGUUGGCCAUCUCUGCAGCCCUCAUCACCUGGAGGUGCCGGAGGAGGCGAGGUCCAGCAGGAAAUGCUGAGCAGCCGCUGACCAUCUACGAGGAGGUGGGCAAUGCCCAGCGCAGCCGUGACCACAACGGGAGCAGUGAGGCUGCCAGGGUAGGAAACACCAUCUACACCACGAUCUGCUCCAAAACACCGGGGCCCAGCUGCCCUCGGGAGCCGGAGAGCCACACGAUCUACUCCGUGGUGCAGCCCAGCAAGAGGUCCCCUUCUGUCAAGAGGAAGAGGCUCGAGCCAGCUUUAACCUCCACUGCCUACACCGAGGUAAUGGACCCACAGGGAGACGAGCCCAGCACCUCACUCCCUGGGCCCCCAGGAGCUAACAUGGUCUUGCUGUUAAUCCUGAGGGCAGCCUGUUUUGCAGAGACUUCAAGACGCUGGCGUUCCCUGCCGCAGACCUCACCUCCGGCUCCCGUGGGCCACCACCUCUCCUAG